CAGAAAUCGCCAUCCAGUAUCAUUCAAACUUCGAAUAAUCAAAAGAUUUUAAUCGUUGCAAAACAAGAUGCGUGCUUUCAUUGUAUUGUGCUUGGUGGCUGUUGCCUGCGCCGACAAAUUGGGCUAUGACUAUCACCCAGUUGGCCAUUCCUCCAGUGGAUUGUCCUUCACCCCCGGCUCUGGUGCUUCCUACAGCGGCGCUUCCUACGGCGGCAAUUCUGGUGUCUCCUUCGGUUCAGGCUCUGGUUCCAGCUUCGGUUCUGGCUCUGGCUCCUUCGGUUCUGGUUCCUCCAUCGGCUCCUCCUUCGGUUCAUCGGGCUCCUCUUUCGGAUCUGGUGCUUCUUAUGGUGCUGCCAGCAACAAUGUUGGUUCCUAUUCUGCUCCAGCCGCAACCUUAGAAAAGGAAUUCUACACUUUCUCUGCCAACGAUGCUGACUUCAAUGAACCCGCUGCCUCCAACAACAUCAACGCCAUUGCCAAGAAAAAUCUCCGUGUUAUCUUCAUUAAGGGACCCGAAAACAAUCACUUGGAAAAUGCCGUCCUCGGCUUGGCCAAACAAGCUGCUGAACAAAAGACCGCCAUCUAUGUUCUCAACAAACAAACUGACCUCUCCGGUUUGGCCGAAAAGAUCAACACCGUCAGCACCAACGUCAACCACAAACCCGAAGUCCACUUUGUCAAAUACCGUACCCCUGAAGAUGCCGCCAACGCCCAACGUGCCAUCCAAAGCCAAUACGACAGCUUGGGUGGUACCUCCCAAAGCUUCAAUGGAGGUGUUGCUCCUGCCUUGAACUUCGCUUCCCAAUCUACUCACUCAUCUUUCAACUCUGGAGCUACAUCCUCUUAUGGUGUUGGUCCCCAAAUUGCCUACAACUCCGGUAGCUUUGCUCCUGGUGCCUCCACUGCCACCAGCGCCACCUAUCUUCCCGCAUCUGUUUUGCGUCGUCUCCGCCACUAAUAAAUUAAUUAUUACAAUUUAAUAAUUACUUUAUUUAG